ACUCGGGCGAUUUAUGGACCUAUAAUGGAAUUGCCGCUUGCGUCCUCUAUAUAAAAGAGCAAGACAAUGUAGGGCGACACAUCAUGGAUGAAGAUAGAUUGGAUUAUUUGGGAGAGUAUGUGGCGAGCAUUUUAGAUGCACGACACUCUCCUGGUGAGCUAUUUACAGUGGAAAUAAAAAACCCCCCAGAUCGUCAAAUUCAUACGGAGCGUCGAUUACAUCAAAUGAUGAAUAAGUAUAUGGAUUAUGAUGUCAAAACAUUAUCAUUAUCAAUCAAGAGUGAUCAAUCGACCUUGGCUACCACCAAGGAAGCUAAAAGGAAUUUUGUGGGUGUUGUUGAAGGCAACGUGGAGUGCUUGCCACAAGUUUUGAUUGAGAAUUGGCAAUAUAGAGAUUACUUGGUUUUGAAUGUGAGGAGUAGAGAUCGACCUAAGCUUAUAUUUGAUGUAGUGUGCACUCUGACGGAUCUUAAUUAUGAUAUAUUUCAUGGCUCCAUUUGCUCUGAAGAUGAUGUGAUAGUUCAGGAAUAUUUUGUGAGGCACACGAAUGGGUCCAUAAUUCUCAGUGAGAUGGAGAAACAUAACACUUUUCAACGUUUAGUAGCUGCUAUCGAACGAAGAAUAUCUCGAGGGCUAAAAAUGGAGAUGCUUACUUAUGACCGCCACGAUCUACUCUCUAAUGUGAGUAGGACAUUAAAAGAGAACAACUUGUCACUCAAUAACAUGAAAUUUGCCAAGGAGAACGAAUUAAUAGUUGGCUCUUUUUACAUCACGGAUGCCUCAUCUUCUACCAGUACCAAUGCUAUUGAUCAGCAAAAGUUAGCGGCAGUGAGCAAUGAGAUCGGCCAAGGAGUCUUCCUUGAAAAGAAGAAUGACUGUAUCGUUAGCCCUUCAACUCGUAGUUGGAGUCUAUUUACUCGACUCAUGUCUUUAGGAAGACGCUUGUGGUCUCACAUCAAACGUCUUUUUAGCACUCUCAGUUUCAUUAGAUAAAAUUUUAUUUUUUUAUAGUUCAUC